GAAGAGGGCGUGGUCCUCGGUUUCAGGAUGUCACGUGUGGACUGAGCUGGGAAGGCAGAGUGAGCUGCAACAGCGGCCACCUUGGGGACCCUAGCGGGCGCAGGUUGGAAUCAUGCCGUAUGUCCUCAUCAGUACUCAGAUCCGCAUGGAGGUUGGACCCACAAUGGUUGGUGAUGAGCAUUCUGAUCCAAACUUGAUGCUCUAUCUAGGGGCCACUAAAAGAAACAUGCUGGGGAACCAUUUCUGGGAGUACUACGUUAAUGAUGCCCCCCGGAUUGUCUUGGACAAGCUGGAGAAGCAAGGCUAUCGAGUCAUCAGCAUGACAGGAGUGGGGCAGACACUGGUGUGGUGUCUCCACAAAGAAAGUACAGAGAAUUCCAACAUUCUUCCUGGCCAAGACAUUGCUGUAAAUCUCCCAGCAUAAGACUGGCCUUGUUUCUCUGAUGAGUGGUUAUAUGUUGUUUUCAGACAUCAUGAAGUAAAAUCUAGUCAACAUUCUACAUUGUGAAAAAUAGCCACUGGUACUACAAGCUCACUAAGGGAGGAAUGGUGCUCCAGUUAGCUUCAAGGAUUGGGAGACCAAAACUUUUCUAGAAAGGUGAAUCCCUCUUGAGUAUUAAUUUGAAUCCAAUUGAGAACUGCUACUACUGAAAUGUUUAUCUUCUCUAUUUGUUACUGUUGAACAAAAUCACCCUGGCACAUAGUUUGCUGCUUAAGUAACAGUUUUAAGCUGGAAAGGGCAAGCAAAAUUAAUUAUAAGAUGACCAAACCAUUUCUGGGUAAGGAAAAAAAUAGACUGCCACAAAGCAACACAGUUACUAUUAAACACAGUGCUUUUUUUCUUGAAAGCAGACUAAACUUUUGCAAUUCAAGUAUGAAUGUAGUUGGAGUUAUGCAACUAUGAUGCGCCUUUUGAACCAUCCACUGACAAGUAUAUUGCAAAUAUUUCACCGUGAGUUUUGUACCAGUUGCCUUUUCAUUGCUGGGAUUACUUAGAAAACUGUGCAUACCAAAUCAUAUUACCAAAUACCAAGUCAGUGGUAAUAAUAGAAAAGACAUCAUCUACAACUUAAUUUUCUGUGAAGAACCACUGGAACAAGCAGUUUAACUGAUAAGAAUAAAGAAAUAACCCCUAAGAAAUAAAGAUUGGCAAAAGCAAAGUCUGCAGAAGUGGUGCACAAGUACCCUUGAAAACGGGGAAAUUGCUAGAGUGCCAGAGAGCAGAUCAAGAUGGCUCUGUGCAGCCUUCUGUCUGCUUCAGAAAGCUGUACAGACAUGAGAGUUCCCCAUGGCAUUAAUGCUGUAGUGCUAAAUCAGAAGUGUCACAAAGGUUCCUUUUGUUCAAAAGGGUACAUUUGAGUCAACAAUCAAAACUGCAGAGAUUGUGGUAAAGACUGCACAACAGACACUGAUAUGUGGCUGAGUUCCUUCUGUGGCAUGAAUUUCCACAGUACUAGCUAUUGUAUGUCUGUAAGCAACAGGCUUUGGAAGUACAGGAAAUGCACUGUUGAACCCUUUUGCAAAAACUUGUGAAUAUGCUGGAAGCUUUAUUCAGAAACCAUAUUUUAUUGUUGAACUCUUAACAUAACAUGCCUAGGCCAGAAAUGAAAACUUUGUUAAUAAAUGCUGCAUUUAAACCUUUA